AUGUACCCAGUCCCUCAACUCAUCGAACGUAUAGAUCAGGCUGGCCCGUCACUUACUCCCAUUCUUCUUUUCAACUUCUUCGCCAUAUUAGCCCUCGUCAUCCUCAUUGUUAGCAUCCUUGUGGCCUGGUUCUCUGGAAUUCAAAGGGUCAAAACGUGGUACCUGCUCCAGCUAUGCAGUGCCACAUUUUCCGUGUCAUUUUUGCUGCUAAUUGGUCAGCAAACUGGACCGGAACCGCCCUUGUAUUACUGUGCAUAUUCUGCCGCGUUGAUUUAUGCCGCCCCUCCCACGUUGGCAGCUGCCGCUCUUUUUUUUGUGAUUGAGCUCCAUCUUCGAUUAUCCUCGGCUCUUUUUUCCACUCGCAUGAGUGAUACAUUCAUCUAUUGGGUUGCUUGGGGUAUUCCAAUUGUCCAUGGGAUUGUAUUCUGGGUUUCACUCACGAUUGGACUAUCUGAUAUCUCACAACUCAAACGUGACCCAAGUGGUGUCUAUUGCCACAUUAUGGGCAGUAAGAUCCCAACUCUCUUGACUGGAACACUUGUGAUUCUGUUUCUAAGUUCAAUGCUGAUCAUGGAAGUUUUCACUAUUAUUCACUUGGUUCGCCAACGAGCAGCUAUCGAAGCACUCAAGGUCAAGGGAUCAGACUUUCCAUUUCAUCUGUUUUUGCGCACUGUUCUAUAUACAGUCUCUGGCGGCUUUGGUAUUAUCAUGGUUGAUGUUGUGAUGAAUGUCUCAACAUCAGUGACUGUUGUUCUCCUGGCACUGACCCCCCUCUCAGUAGCCCUGAUGUUUGGAACACAGAUGGAAUUAUUACGGGCCAUGUUCUCCUGUUGUUCAAGCAGAAAGAGAGCACCAUUGAAUUCUGGGGUAUAUUCUGUUUGA